CCCCGGCGUGCGGGCGCCCGCCUCCCUCCUUCGCGGACUGUCUCCCGACUCCCCGGCUGAGAGCCCUUUUUGACUGCAAGCGGCGGUAGCGGAGCAGAGGCGGCGGCGCGGGACCUGCAGUCGCCCGGGAUUCCCUCCAGGUGACGAUGCUCUGGUUCUCCGGCGUCAGGGCUCUGGCUGAGCGUCCCUGCCGGCGCUCGCCCGGGAUUACCUGCUGCGUCUUGCUGCUGCUCAAUUGCUCGGGGGUCCCCAUGUCUCUGGCUUCCUCCUUCUUGACAGGUUCUGUUGCAAAAUGUGAAAAUGAAGGUGAAGUCCUCCAGAUUCCAUUUAUCACGGACAACCCUUGUAUAAUGUGUGUCUGCUUGAACAAGGAAGUGACCUGCAGGAGAGAGAAGUGCCCGGCGCUGUCCAGAGACUGCGCCCUGGCUAUCAAGCAGAGGGGAGCCUGUUGCGAGCGGUGCAAAGGUUGCACCUAUGAAGGGAAUACCUAUAACAGCUCGUUCACGUGGCAGAGUCCUGCAGAACCCUGUGUCCUGCACCAGUGCCAGGAAGGCGUGGUCACAGUGUCUGAGGUGCGGUGUGUUGUUCAUUGUAAAAACCCUUCCAGGCAUCUGGGGACCUGCUGCCCUGUGUGUCCAGGCUGUAUGUUCGAGGGUGUGCAGUACCGAGAAGGGGAGGAAUUUCAGCCAGAAGGAAACAAGUGCACCAGGUGUUCCUGUGUUGGAGGCAGGACACAGUGCAUGAGAGAAGUCUGCCCCAUUCUCUCCUGUCCUCAGCACCUUAGCCACAUUCCCCCAGGACAGUGCUGCCCCAGAUGUUUCGGUCAGAGGAAAGUGUUUGACCUCCCGUUUGGAAGUUGCCUCUUCCGCAGUGAUGUUUAUGACAACGGAUCCUCAUUUCUCUAUGAUAACUGCACCACAUGCACCUGCAGGGACUCUACAGUAGUAUGUAAGAAGAAGUGUUCCCACCCCAGUGGCUGUGACAAAGGCCAGGAGGCCUGUUGUGAGGAGUGCCUCCUUCGAGUGCCCCCAGACGACAUCAAAGUAUGCAAGUUUGGCAACAAGAUUUUCCGGGAUGGAGAGAUGUGGUCCUCUGUUAACUGCACCAUCUGUGCUUGUGUGAAAGGCAAGAUGGAGUGCCGCAAGAAGCAGUGCAUUCCCAUCAGCAGCUGCCCUCAGCCUCCAAUACUGAAGAUUAUGAUUAGCCCAGGGAUCAAGGCCACAGCUUGGAGCGGCAAAGGUUUGGAAAUAUCCUGGGAUGGAGACAGUUUUGUGGAAGUCAUGGCUGCCCCCCAUCUCAAGGGCAGACUCUGUGGUCUUUGUGGCAACUACAAUGGACAUAAGCGUGAUGACUUAAUUGGUGGAGAUGGAAACUUCAAGUUUGAUGUGGAUGACUUUGCCGAGUCCUGGAGGGUGGAGUCCAAUGAGUUCUGCAAUAGACCCCAGAGAAAACCAGUGCCUGAACUCUGUCAAGGAACAGUGAAGGUAAAGCUCCGAGCCCAUCGGGAAUGCCAGAAACUCAAAUCCUGGGAGUUUCAGGCCUGCCAUUCAACUGUCGACUAUGCCACUUUCUACCGGUCCUGCGUGACAGACAUGUGUGAAUGUCCAGUCCAUAAAAACUGUUACUGUGAGUCAUUCCUGGCAUAUACCAGGGCCUGCCAAAGAGAGGGUGUCAGCGUCCACUGGGAGCCUCAGCAGAGCUGUGCAGCCACCCAGUGUAAGCACGGUGCUGUGUAUGAUACCUGUGGCCCCGGAUGUGCCAAGACCUGUGACAACUGGAAUGAGAUUGGUCCAUGCAAUAAGCCAUGUGUUGCAGGUUGCCACUGUCCAGCAAACUUGGUCCUGCACAAGGGAAGGUGCAUCAAGCCAGUCCUUUGUCCUCAGCGGUGACCUUUAUUCUGCUCCUUAAGACUUUGAAACCUGGUGUCCUUGAUACGGAAGUGGAAGAGCCAAUGAAGGACUGCAGUAUUUGUGUGCUGAUUCUGCAAACACACACACACACAAAGUAUAUAUGUGUACAUAUAUAGAUACAUAGAUAUAUUCAGAAACAUUUCAUCAUUUAUAUAAACUAUAGGUGGAUUAUUAUAUGUAUAUUUUUUGCUAUAAGACAUGUAUGGUUUCUAGGAUCCUAAUCUGUAUUCCACUGGGUACAUUGUAUAAAUAAACCAGGUGUUUUUAAUUUAAUAAGGCAGCAUGCAGACAUAUUGGAUGGCUUUAACAUCACAUACAUUUGUCAUUCUUAGAGAAGUUUUCUAAGAAACCUGAAUUGCCUGCCUGCUUUAAUUUUAGCUUUGAAUCAGGAUUUGCAGUUGAGUGGGAAAUGUGCUUCUCUGGAGAAGAGCAACUUUGUCUAGGGGUAUUUCAUGCUUCCAAAGAAAGGAAUGUAUGCCCGACAGAGAUGGCUGGUGAUUGGUGACAGUCCCUAAUGGUGCAUGUAAAGCAAGGGAUAGACUGUUAGACUUCAUGGGUCAUGGUCCAGUAGUAUUUCCAAAACUAAUCGGCUAGUUGCCAAGAAAUAUAUACUUGUCACUAGAGCACAACCAUAGAAUCAAAUGAUUUCUUGCCGUCUUUGAAUAUUCCUUGAAUCUCCUAAUUAUAUAUGUGUGUAUGAUGGAUUUGCCCAUUUAUAUGUCACAUGUUGAUAUUACAGAGUGUCUGGUGACAUGUUAGUUUUAUUGAGCAUGAGUAGAUCUUUGGAGAAACUGUUGCACCACAUAUGAAGAAUAUCCAUUUCUCUGAAUUUCAGACCAAUUUAAGAUGGGCAAAUCCAAGAUGUAAGCCAUCUACAUUUUGUGACUAUUCCAUGUAUAAAAUGAAAGCCUUUAAUUAUUUCUGGAGGAUUCCUAUUGACUGUUAAUAUGUCAUAAUGAUUAGACAGAAAGAAAGUUCUUACUGAACAGUUGCUUUAACAUCACUCCAAAGAAAGACCUAUGUAUUUGCUCUAAUUUACUGAUAGGUUGCUACUAGUCACAAUGUAAUUUUCCUGACUUUUGUUGUCAGUUGAAUAAAUGAAAAUGUCAAGAAAACAAAACCCACUGAUGUCUAAACAUAAAAUGUUCUGCAUUGUAGUAAAUAA